ACCUUGGCCACGCCUACUGUUCGCUUUGUUCUUUGUUGACUUUUGGUUUGGUGCAUGUAGAAUGUAGAUCACGAAGGAACUCUGGACCAAGAACGAUUUUUUGUGUGUUCCAGCAUCGGUUCAGCCUCCGGAGAGUUCGCAAGUGGUACUCAAAUUUGAAAAUCCAAAUUAUCAGACCCGGUGGCUCGGCACACAAAGAAGGCGAGAAUGGCUUCGUUUGGAUCUUGCUGGGAGCUGCCCUUCCACAUUGAAAAAGACAACGUUAAAUCGAAGCAGGACAUUUUGGUGCUUAUGACUCACUUAAGCCUCAUCCAACAUGACUUUCUCUGCAUUCAUGAAGUAGACGCUCAGUAUUCACCAACAAAAACGUCUGAAUUGCUCAUCCCAGGCUGGAACCAAGAGUCUAAAUACUACAGGAUCCGAUAUCUAUGCAACACCUCAAAAUAUCAUCUGAGUGCCAACUUGAUUGAUGAUGUUCUUUGCAUCGCUCUCUUGAACAUGGAUUCGCACGAAGUACAGUCCCUUACCAUUGCUGUAUCCGAGGUCAAGGAAAUCGCUGGACCCCUCUCAACUAUGAUUCCAAAUGAGAAGGAAAUCUUUUUCAAAAUCUGGACUGAAAUGGUAAAGCCAGCCAAGAAUGAAGGUCAGCGUGACAUGCAAGUACAAACAGAUGCCCAGCCACAGCCUCAAAGGGAAAGAUUUGAGCCCAACAUACCAUUCAUGCUCCCUGGAAGACCUGAAAUGUUCCAUCAAGGCCCUAUGGUGCCAGAUCCUCUCCGACUUGGAGAUGACAGGGAGUUGAACCCAGUGAUUGAUCCUCUUGGAGCCCCUGGAGGUGGAAUUAUUCCUGAAUUCCCUGGUGCAGGGAAUCCAAGAGGAAUUGACCUCCCUGGAGCCAGAAUUGAUCCAACUGGGCCUGGAAUAGCUGAACCAGACCUGGCCGGGUGUCUCUAACCUUGAUGAUUUGUUGGGCCCAAUGAUAGCAGUUUGGCUAAAAAAUGAUAGCAGUUUUUUCAAGACUUUCUCAAUUGGUGUUGCACAAGUAGUUUGUAUAAUAUUAAGUCAAUAACUAAAGUGUGUAUAAUUAUAAUGAGCUAAAUGAACUAAUUUACUAACAAGUGCAUCUAAAUUUUUUGUAUUCUUUCUUGAAUACACAGCUAAAGUUAAAAAUGUAAUGCCAAAGUUGAGCGAUAUAUGACAAAAAGUACAGUCAAAAGUUUUAUAGCAUCCAGUAGUACGCGAACAGUGAUCAAGAGAGGCAAAAAAACCCAGUCUGUUUAUCAGGACUCCAGUCGAAACUAGAAAUGGCCUGGUCGAAAGGGUUGCUUUGUGAAUAAGAGUGCCAGGGACACCCUAUUUUAUCCCCCCGGAGUCUUCCCUAAAUCUUAAAGUGGAACACUCACUUAAUUUCGAACCAAUUUAUUUUUAUUUUGUCAAAAUGAACUGAACUUCUUUCUAAAGGUUGUCAGAAUAACCAAACCUACUGUUGUGGCAAAAACCUGUUUUGGGUCCAAAGCCGGACACAAAGUAUUCGACCUUUAAGUCUUUUAAUGAAUGAAACCAAUUAAACAUUAAAAUGAAUUUAAAUGUUUGGUUGAAUACCUCCUCAGUCAUCUAAGUAAAUCACCUGGUGGGGUACAGAGUUUGCAGAAAAUUGGCCUCCAGUGUAAGGCUACGGCAACCAGUUUAUUCAUCUCAAUCAAUGUCCAGUCAGUCAAACUGGAGGUCACAAACUUAUUUCAUGGACUUGCAUUUUCCUGAGAUCAAAAAUUUUAAGGUCCCCCCAUUAUCAACAUUAACCUCUGAGCACAGCAUGACCCCGCCAUUCGUUGUUGUUGAAAGAAUUGCCUUAUUAGAUGGAAAUCAGAAAGUAGUUGGUUGAACGGGGUAGACACUAAAUCAUUUUAUAUCAAAAGCCACUGGCCCAGGCAGUAUUGUCUCUCGGAGUUUUUCAAAUGCGGCGGGGACUUCCCUCUGCCUUGGGUUCUACAAUUUUGGAAGAAAUUUUCAAACAAAAUUAAUCAGCUCUUUGAAUAUUUAUGCUCGGCAACAAGUUGCAAUUUCUGGAGCACCACAAUUCCCACAACCACAAUGUGUUCUACCCUUCCUAAUCCUCUGUCACUAUGCAUUUUUCUAUCAAAAAGCUCCUGUGAGCUUUGGCAAUAUGUUAAAGAAAAAUUAAUU